AUGUCAGGGGUGCAAAAACUUUAUGGAGAGCUCCAUUCGGGUCAGGACAGAAUUUCAGCCCAAAAAUUUGUUGUGGAUGAUGAGCUGGCAAGGCAGCUUCUUUCCAAGAAAGUGUCAAAAAACAAGCUGAAGCGUGAGGAGGGCACGCUACGUAAGGACGUGGAGCUAUCAAUAGCAAAAGAGAAGAAAGCCUCUGAAAUGGUGAAGGAAGGACGUGAGGAGUUGAACAAAUACCGUAUUGAUAUGAGGAACAACGAGAGAGCAAGAAUCGAGAACGUCAAAUACAUGCGAGCGGCCGAGAACUUUGCAGUGCAGGCAACCAAAGAUUUGAAGAUUGCACAGAAGAUAGAUAACUCAUCGGCCGAGAAGAUAGACGCUGCAAAGAAGGUUCUCAAAUAUGCCCACGUUGCAGAGGUGAAGGCGAAAGUCACCAAUAACCAGAAGAGCUUGAAGAAGAUUGAAACAGAAAUCGAUUCUGAAAUCUCCAGCAUCCACAAAGCGGCAGCGAAACACAAACUUGCUCAAAAGGAGAGAGCUGAUGCGAAAGAAAAUUUAUUUGUGUCGAACGUCAUCCAGAAUGUUCGCAAGCAAGACUUUGGGGGGAUGCUUCCAGUGCAUGUACUUGCUGCUGAAGGUAAAAGUGCACGUGAGGAGAUCAGGGAAGGCUCUGCGGAUUAUCGCAAUGCAGCUGCACGUUUUGCUCGCUCAAAGCAAGCUCUUUCCUUGGCUACCCGGGAGGACAACACUCGUCAUGUUGUUUCAUCGACAGAGAGGACCGACAGGAAAGCUCUUCAGGCUCUGGUGGCUGCCGAAAGAUUGGACCGUGAGAUCCGCAAUUUGCGAACCUCUGCACAUUCUGAAGAGAAAAAGGCGGCUUUUGGUAUCAAUGAGGCAAAGAAAUAUGAAUACAGAGCGGCAAACCUUGGCGCAACCUAA